UGUCAUGCGGUUUGUUUACGUUGUCGUCAGUGAAAAAUGUCCCGCUGGCGAUUUUGAAGGCACUAAUGCGUGAAAUAUCUUUUCGUUUUUCAAUUUUUAAUUUGAAUGUUUGAGUUUUAUUUGUUAUAAUGAUUUUGUGCAGUUGUCCCCGCAGCCUCUCGGCUGCUUUGCUCCAAUUUUUAUCCAUAUUCGCCCUCCUGCUGCCCUUGGUAACCCCGCUGUAUUUCCAUAUUGGUGAAACUGAAAGGAAAUGUUUCAUCGAAGAAAUUCCGGAUGAAACUGUUGUCGUUGUAUAUUAUAAAGUAGAACUAUUUGAUCCUCGAAGUGGUGGUUUUGUUCCAUCUUCUCCAGGAAUUGGAAUGCACGUGGAAGUCUUGAAUCCUGAGGCCAAAGUCAUUCUAUCUAGAGUAUACAGCUCAGAAGGUAAAAUUCCAUUCACAUCUCAUGAUCCUGGUGAACAUGCCAUUUGUCUAUAUUCCAACAGCACUGCUUGGAUUGGAGGUUCUCAAUUGCGUGUACAUUUGAACAUCAAGGCUGGUGAACAGACAAUGGAUUACGCAAAUGUUCAGCAAAAGGACAAACUGUCCCAGCUUCAGCUACGAAUGACGCAACUCUUGAAACAGGUUGAGCAAAUAACCAAGGAGCAAAAUUAUCAAAGGUAUCGUGAAGAGAGAUUCCGGGCAACUAGUGAAAGCACUAAUAAUUCUGUCUUCCGUUGGUCAUUGGCACAACUCACAAUCCUGGUAGUGAUGGGAUUCUGGCAAAUGAAACAUCUGAAGAGUUUCUUCGAGGCAAAAAAACUGGUCUAACAAGCUUCAAGUAUUGGAAAAAGGCAUCUCUUUGUUUUCAUUGUUUUGUAAAUUUGUAAUUUUGAUUUAAUUUUGUUUUUACUAUUAGUUUUCAGUUUCUCAGUUUUCCUGUAAGCAUAAGUGUGUUUUUAUCUUGUACGUUUAACCAACUUGAUAUUAAAUGUCAUUUUCUAAUUUUCA